GGCUGUUGCUGUGAGCUGCUCCACGCUGCCUCAGACGCUCCAGAUCCGGAGCCCACGUAGGACCGGGCGGUUGAGCGCGCCGUGUUUUCCCGCAGACCACGUGUGGCCCAGCUGAGGUGACUGGCAGGACUUGUUUACUGGUGGAGAGACUCGCAGAAAGAGAGACGGAACGGGGGAAUCUGAGAGAGAACGAUCGCCAAACGGAUGGGAAAAUCCAAGUUUUUACACUUGACCCGUCUUUCUAAGCCUUUUUUCUGUUUGCUUACCUCAUCGUUUUAUGACUAUCAGUGACAGGAUACCGACUUUGUGUGUGUUUUCUUUCUUUUUUAAAAAAUAAUUUCAACUCUUAUCGCCGACGCUGGAACCUCGUUUGUUUUGGAUUAGCCUGCUAGCGUUAGCUGUUUUUCCCCCAUCAGCUAACGCUAAUCUGAGAAAAGCAAAGGGGCGGCAUGGUGGAGAGUUUUCUUACUUCACUGCGACGUGCAGGUGAAAUACAGAAAUCGUUUCGUCUUUUCCUCCCUUGAGUUUUUUUCCCCUUUUGCUAUAGAAGUAGCAUUUACCAAAAGAGGGCUUUUUUCUCUCCCGUUUGGUCGUUUUAUGGGUGUUCAUUCGUUUGCGGCUUGGUGGUCAGCGGGGGUGAAGGAGUUCAGAGGAAGGUCGUGGUGCUGGGGAAAGCUGCACGUUUUUCCUGUCGGGGAGUUUCCUGGGAUGUACUCCCAUCGGUCUUAAAAAGGGGGAGAGCUUAUGAGAAGUCAGGAGAAGCAGUGGCAAUAUAAAGACCGCAGGACUUCAGAAGUGAGAACUCAAACCCCGCCAACCCCAGCUCUCAAUAUCCAGAGCUUCACCUCGUUUGCAGUAGAAAACAAUUUUAACGCUGUGUAAAAGAAAAGCAACUUUUUUUCUUCCGUUUUAGUAGGUCUUACAUUUUAGAAGUCGUGCAUUAUUGAGAAAUGCACCAAGUGGACGUUGCAAGGGGACCUGCAGAACUGGUGGGAUAUUGAUAAUAACUUUCUCUUGACUAAAAGGAGCACCUAAAUCAAACAGAUGAACGGGGACUGUCGCCUUCGCCUAUGGAAAAUGAAUAAUUUUACAUGCACAUGUGUUACCAGAACCCAAGACCACGUUAUUUAGUGGCUGGCGUUUUCCCCAGGACUUUCAUGCAUCAGAAACUCUUCUGGGGGGAAUCAUAAUAAAUCUACCACCCCUUUCUUCCAGGAUACAGGAGGCGACUUUAAAUCUAUUGGCUUGAUUGGACAUUGAGAAUUUCUUUUUUCUUCUGUUUAUUGAUUCUACAAGAAACAUUUCUCCAAGCCUGGAGUUUUUGAUACGCCUGAAGAGGGGAGCAUCACUUCAGCCGAAAUGAGGCACUUGACACUGAAGCAGAUAGCACAAAUUGUGUUUUUUAUCAGCUGCACCUGCAUCAUAUGCCAAUGUGGACUAAUAAACGGAGAAAUCUGCCAGAGUAAGGACAUCCGGAACAAUGUGACCAACCUCCAGUCGUUGGAGAACUGCACCAUCAUCGAGGGCCACCUUAAGAUUCUGCUUAUGUUUAAGACCAAGACUGAAGAUUUCAGAGGCCUCAGCUACCCAAAGCUGCAAGUGGUCACUGACUAUGUCUUGCUGUUCAGGGUCUAUGGCCUGGAAACCCUCAGUAAUCUGUUCCCCAGCCUGACAGUGAUCCGUGGCAACAACCUCUUCUUCAACUAUGCUCUCGUAAUUUACGAGAUGCUGCAGUUGAAGGACCUGGGCCUCAACAGCCUGAUGAACAUCACCCGGGGGGCCGUAAGGAUAGAGAAGAAUCCAGACCUGUGUUACCUGGCCACCUUGGACUGGUCCAAAAUCCUGGACUCGAUGGAGGACAACUUCAUUGUGGCCAAUAAGAAUGAGAAGGAGUGUGGAGAUGUGUGUCCAGGCACAGCCGAAGGUCAAAGCCAGUGUCCUCUGAGUACCAUCAACGGGCACUUUAGGGAAAGAUGCUGGUCACAGAACCACUGUCAGAGAAUGUGCUCGGAUAAAUGUAAGCAUGCUCCAUGCAGCAGCCAGGGCCAGUGCUGUCACCACCAGUGCCUGGGUGGCUGUUCUGAACCAGGGAAUGCCAGCAGCUGUGUGGCCUGCAGGAACCUCCAGCAUGGGAACACCUGUGUAGAGAAAUGUCCUCCUGGAUACUACAUCUUUAGCGGCUGGCGCUGCGUUAGCUUCUCUUUCUGCCAGAAACUUCACAAUCAGUGCAAAAAUGUUAAACAACAGAACCAGGACCAAGAGGCCAACUGCUAUGAAUACAUCAUCCACAACGGGGCCUGUAUUCAGGAGUGUCCUUCUGGAUACACUACUUUAAAUUCAACUACGCUAACAUGUUCACCGUGUGCAGGCCUGUGUCCUAAACUGUGUGUGGGAAAUAAGACAAUCGACUCCAUAACUUCAGCUCAAGAUUUAAGAGGAUGCACUGUUCUUCAAGGCAACAUGAUCAUCAAGAUUCAAGGAGGAAAUAACAUAGCAGCUGAGUUUGAGGCUAGUCUGGGACAGAUUGAGGUGAUCACCGGUUACCUCGCUGUGCGUAGAGCCUACGCCUUGGUUUCCCUCUCCUUCCUAAGAAAGCUACGUGUAAUAAAGGGGGAGCAUCUUGAGGGAGACGUCCAUGCUUUCUAUGCAUUGGACAACCGGAACCUGCGUGAGCUGUGGGAUUGGUCCAAGCACAACCUGACAAUCCUGCGCGGCCGUACGUUCUUCCUCCACAACUCGAAACUUUGUUUGUCUGAAAUCAAAAAGAUGGAGGAGGUAACAGGAACCAAGGAGCGAAACCAGAAGGGGGACAUUGCUCGCAACAACGGAGACCAAGCUUCCUGUGAGACAAAGCUGCUGAAAUUCACCUCAAUCAAGACCGCGCCAAACCUGAUAAUGCUGAGAUGGGAGGCUUUUUGGCCAUUAGACUUUAGAGACUUGCUGGGAUUCAUGGUUCUCUACAAGGAGGCACCGUAUAAAAAUGUGACAGAGUUUGAUGGUCAAGACGCCUGCGGCUCUAACAGCUGGAUGAUUGCGGAUGUGGAUCCACCGCCUCGCCCCACAGAAGGCAAGAAGGCAGAAGAUCCCAGGCACCUGAUCCACCAGUUGAAACCCUGGACUCAGUACGCUAUCAUGGUCAAAACCCAGCUGUCAUCAUCUGAUGAGCACCAGGUUCAUGGAGCCAAGAGUGAGAUCAUUUACGUCCGCACCAGUGCCUCCAAGCCUUCUGUACCUCUGGACCCUAUCUCGUCCUCCAACUCAUCCUCUCAGAUCAUCCUGAAAUGGAAGCCUCCCACCAGUCCCAACGGCAACAUUACCCACUACCGGGUCAUCUGUCGUAAGCAGCCGGAGGACAGCGACCUCUACAAGUUUGAUUACUGCCUACAAGGAAUGAAGCUGCCGUCUCGUAUCCCGACCCACCUUGACAGUGAGGAUGAGCAGAAGUGGAACCACACAGAUGAGCCCACAUCAGGUGGAAAGUGUUGCGCCUGUCCCAAGACAGACAGUCAGUUGAAGAAGGAGCAGGAGGAGAUAGAGUACCGCAAGACCUUUGAGAACUACCUCCACAAUGAAGUCUUUGAGAGCAGACCAUCUCGUCGACGGCGCUCAGUGGGGGUUGCCAACUCCACCCAAUCAUCUCUGUCUCUCACCACAAUCCCCAGUUUGCAGUUUAGCGCCACCACUGCCUCCCCUGAAGAUGAAGAUGAGGACCAAGAGGGAUCUAAGGUGGAGCUAAAGGUGUUCUCAAAGAAAUCAACCGUCAUCUCCAACCUGCAACACUUCACCAGCUAUAAGAUCGAGAUUAUGGCUUGCAACCAUCCAACAGAACUCAAACGCUGCAGCAUGGCUACAUAUGUUAGUGCUCGAACUAUGCCAGAGGAAAAAGCAGACGACAUCCCAGAACCUGUUACCCAUGAGAUUGUGACAGCUGAGCCUCCUUUUGUGUUGAUUAAGUGGAAUGCACCUCUCUCCCCUAAUGGUCUCAUCAUCCUGUAUGAAGUUUUCUACAAGAAGGUUGGAGAUGUAGAGCAUCACACAGCUUGUGUUUCACGGCCAGCCUACCUCAAGGUAGGUGGCACGAAACUCCCGCUUGUGCAGCCUGGAAACUACAGCGUGAGGGUCCGAGCCACGUCUUUGGCAGGAAACGGUUCUUUUACCGCAACAACUUACUUCUCCAUGCCCAGCUCUGAUCCAGGUUUAGUCUGGAUUGUGAGUGGUCCUGUCAUCUGCUUCAUCCUGCUGCUGAUUGUGGGAAGUGGAGUCUUUAUAGUCAUCAAGAAGAGGCAAACAGAAGGCCCGUUAGGUGAUCUCAUCACCUCACCUAACCCUGAAUACUUCAGUGCCAAUGACAUGUACGUUCCUGAUGAGUGGGAGGUGCCUCGGGAGAAGAUCACGCUGCUCAGAGAGCUGGGUCAGGGUUCCUUCGGCAUGGUGUAUGAAGGAAUCGCCAAAGACAUCGUAAAAGGAGAACCAGAGACACGCGUAGCCGUCAAGACUGUGAAUGAAUCAGCCAGCCUGCGAGAAAGGAUAGAGUUUCUCAAUGAAGCUUCGGUCAUGAAGGCCUUCAGCUGUCACCAUGUGGUCCGUCUGUUGGGUGUCGUGUCCAAAGGUCAGCCCACGCUGGUAGUGAUGGAGCUGAUGACUCACGGCGACCUGAAGAGCUACCUGCGGAGUCUGAGACCGGACUCUGAGAACAACCCGUCAGGCCGUUCACCACCCACUCUGAAGGACAUGCUACAGAUGGCAGCAGAAAUUGCAGAUGGCAUGGCUUACCUCAACGCCAAGAAGUUUGUCCACAGAGACCUGGCAGCCCGAAACUGCAUGGUAGCAGAGGAUUAUACCGUCAAGAUAGGAGACUUUGGUAUGACGCGAGACAUUUACGAGACAGACUACUAUCGUAAAGGAGGGAAGGGCCUGCUUCCUGUCAGGUGGAUGGCUCCAGAGUCCCUGAAGGAUGGAGUCUUCACGGCCCACUCAGACUGCUGGUCUUUUGGCGUUGUGCUGUGGGAGAUUAGCACGCUAGCAGAGCAGCCUUACCAGGGUUUAUCCAAUGAGCAGGUCCUGAAGUUUGUCAUGGAUGGAGGCUACCUGGACCGGCCAGAAAACUGCCCUGAGAGGAUGCACGACCUCAUGCAGAUGUGCUGGCAGUACAAUCCCAAGAUGCGUCCGACGUUCCACGAGAUCAUCGAGACACUGCGAGACGACCUGCACCCUUCUUUCCAGGAGGUGUCCUUCUUCUACAGCGAAGAGAACAAAAUUCCUGAGACAGAGGACUUUGACCUGGACCUAGACAACAUGGAAAGCAUCCCCCUGGACCCAUCUUCUUGCUCACAGAGAGAGGAGAGCUUAGGCAGGGACAGCGGGCCCUCAGUGGCCCUGAGGGGAAACUAUGAGGAGCACGUCCCCUACACACACAUGAACGGUGGCAAAAAAAAUGGAAGAAUCUUAUCGUUGCCCAGAUCCAGCCCUUCCUAACAUUUCCUGAUUCCUAAAAUGACUUUAACCUUUCCCUUCCCCCUCUCUUCCAAUCCAUUUUUCUAUUAUCCUUCAUGUUCCUCUCUUUUCUAUAGAUUUCCUUCUUCUUCUUGGAGGAGCCCUUAAAAAGAAAAGAAGAAAAAGACGCAGAUCUCAGGACAUUUUAUUUUCUUCCUCACGGCUGCCGAACACAGGCAAGCAAGGGAUGCAAACACUUUUUUUUAAACUUGCUCCACGACACAUCAGACUUCAUAUUACCAGAAUCUUUCAACAUGUUUCCAGGAUUUCUUGUGACAGAAACAAUGAAAAAAAAAAAAAAGAAAAAGAAAAAAAAGAGAAAACUGUGAACACAACAAA